AUGGCUCCAAUAGACUCGUCAUCGAUAACGCGCGAAGCAAUAGCCCUAUUAUUCAAUGCAGCGAAAGUAUUAGCCGAACAACAAACCAAAAUGAAAAUCGAAUCUGUUCAUUUUAUGGAUGGACGGGUACACUUGAAUAUGCGAGAUACUUCGACAAUAGACGUAGCAGUAAAUAAUUCACAAGAACCGCAGAACCUGGGGCAGCGCGUGGAUGCUGGUGAUAAAAUGAAUUAUCAUUACAAAAGCGUGGAUCUGAACAGUGAAAGAGACAUGGGCGAAAAUAAUAACCAUUCUGGAAUGGGCAUGGCUUGUGACCCAGUGUUAACGUACAUGGCCGGAGAUAGUUUGAUGGAUAUGUUGAUUGAACAACAAAAGUCACAUGAUCAAAUGAACACAGUUGAUCAAAUACAGACAGUUGAUCAAGUGUCAAGCCCCGAGAUAAGAAAUCCAUGCAAUGGUAGAGAGAAUGGUGUGAGACCGUCAUCUCCAAUUAUAUCUUCCCUUCCAUCACCUAGUUCGUCGUCAUCUCAUUCUCCAUGUCCACGAGCACCAAGGAGUGCAGGAACGUUCGAAUAUGAGAUUGUGGAAUCGCCUAGCGUCAGGUCUACCCAAUCAUCAACGAAUAACGAUACAAUUACCAGUCUUGCUAGAAAUGUAUCUGCAUCUGUCACUAGAACUGCGACGCGAAGACAACCCGUUCGCAAUGCACUGUCGGUAUAUGCGUCACACAGUCCCCUGCUAUAUAACACACCAUCCGAUAUAUCAGUAUUUGAAAUACCGGAUGACGAUUCAUCUGAUGAAUCGUCAUAUCACAAAUCAAACACAAAGAAAUCUCCAGUUAAAAAUGCGAAAUACAAUGACUUGGCUAAGAAAGGGUUACGCACUUUAACAAUCAGCAAAAAAGGUAGACCAUCAACGAAAGCGUUGCAUGAUUCAAACGAACGUCCGACUCCCGCGUCAGCUAAAGGCUCCAAAAAUAAUACUGCAACGAAGAAACGAUUGCCGCAAUCACGAGGAGACGCUCUUGACGAAUCAUCAAGUCCACGUCAAUCGAAAAAACUAAAACCAUCCGCGGAACCGUCGAUCCAAGCAUCUGUCCGUAAGACGAAUCAGAAGACUCUUUCUCGCAAAUCAACUAUCGAUACAUCAGAAGAAUCAGAGCGCGAGGAGCUGCCUUCUGUUCCAUCAAAGAGAUCAGCACGCAUAACAUCUCCAAAUUCACCAAAGCAUGACGACAUGUCGAUAACGUUUAUCCAGCCAGGCCAAAUAAACGGGCAAUUAAUUCCAAUUUCAAUUCAGGAACUCGCGGAUGAUUCUGGAAUGACACCUCGGAAACCUACCAAAAAGAAGCAAGAUGCUUGCAUAAAAAAAUCUUCGCCCAAAGCAAAUGUCAAGCAAACCGAUCGUAAAGUACCCCAUAUAGCACGUCAAUCUUCACCUCGAAUAUACAUACCAUCAUCGAUCGGUAGUAAGUUGGAUCCGAAAUCAGGAUCUUAUCCCUGUCCACUCAGUCCUCCAAGUAAUAAUGAUCUGGAUCGAUACGCUGAAAUGGGGCAUAGGCUGAAAGUCAUUCUUGGUGACAUGAGAGUUGCCGAUUGUAUCAACAAACUUCCUGCCUGUCCGACGUCUAUUCCCGAUACUCUCAAAAUGCAUUAUUUCCGUUUAUUCAAUGUAUACAAGAAACUCGGCAAUACGCGCGAGGAGACGUUUAUUCACGUUGAUAACCUGAAAACAGCACGAUUGAGAAUUAAGCAAUGGGAAAGGAUGGAUUAUAGACUCGUAGGAUCCGAGACAGAAGUAUUACAUCUACAGAGCGCUCUUUUAUUUGCCGACAUAUUUAAUGAUACUGAAGUGUUAUUCCGUGGCAUGUACGACGAAACAUCUGCUGCUACCCGUAAGAGGACUAUGAAGUUAUUCUCUGACUCUAUGACCGAGUGGAACGCCAGUAACGUUCCGAUUCUUCGUAAGACAGCUAUUCGUAUAAUGUUUCUUGUUAGACUCAUUGAAUUUGAUGAAUUGGUGCAGGCAGGAAUUACUGUGAAAAUUCUGAGAUGCUAUCGUCCUCAAUAUAAGAAACUCUUGGAAGAAUGUUUUGGACCUGAAGUGGCUGAAAAACUGGUCGACAAGGAGCACGAGAUGACUAUGAGAGCCAAUGAAGUCGGAGAGUACGGUGUGUAUAGGAAAAAGUAUAAGAAAAAAAGAGAUGAGACGAAAGUUGACAGUAGGGAAUUGAAUUCUCUCUUAGAUUGA